GCUCCUCUCUCUCUCUCCCCCCUUUCUUUUUGCCCCCUUCCCUUCCUCUCUUUUUGUUCAAUAAUUUCUUUCAUUUUUUUAUUUUACAACUCUCUCACUUUUUAAUAACACUUUUUUUUUUUAAUAUAAUACAAUGGCACACAGACUUGGUGGACGUAGAAAGAACGUAAAGAAAGGGUUUCAAUUCACCUUGAUGGUAGUUGGCGCUUCUGGUACUGGACGUACUACCUUUGUUAAUACCCUUUGUGAUGACCACGUUCUUGCAAAAAAGGAAUCUGACAACCCAGAAGAUGCACACAAUGAAGAAGGAAUUAAUAUUAAACCCGUUUCUGUUGAAUUGGAUGAAGACGGUGUUAGAAUUUCUUUAACAAUUGUUGAUACACCAGGCUUUGGUGAUAACAUCGAUAACGAAGCAUGUUUCCAUGAGAUUGUUGCCUAUUUGGAAAAGCAAUACGAUGAUAUUCUUGCUGAAGAAUCCAGAAUUAAACGUAAUCCUAGAUUCCGCGAUAACCGUGUACAUGCUCUCUUAUACUUUAUUUCACCCACUGGCCAUGCUCUUCGUGAGAUCGAUAUCGAAUUGAUGCGUAGACUUAGUCCCCGUGUCAAUGUCAUUCCUGUAGUUGGUCGUGCUGAUUCACUCACACCUGGCGAGCUUAAAGAUUUCAAGAGACGUAUUAUGGAGGAUAUUGAGCAUUACAACAUUCCUAUUUACAAUUUCCCCUAUGAUGUCGAGGAAGAUGAGGAAGAUACCAUUGAAGAGAAUAGCGAAUUAAGAGCACUUUUACCCUUUUCCAUCAUUGGUUCAGAAGAAGAAAUCACUGUGAAUGGUCGUACUGUUCGCGGUCGUCAAUACCCCUGGGGUGCUGUCGAGGUUGACAAUCCUAAGCACUCUGACUUUGGUCGUUUGAGAUCUGCCUUAUUGAGCUCCCACUUACAAGAUCUUAAGGAAAUUACUCACGAUUUCCUCUAUGAAAAUUACCGUACUGAGAAGCUUAGUCGUACUGUCAAUGGUGGCGAUCAAGAAGAUGCUUCAUUAAAUGCUGAAGAUAUGGCAUCCCAAAGCGUCCGAUUGAAGGAGGAACAAUUAAGAAAGGAAGAAGAGAAGCUUCGUGAAAUCGAAUUAAAGGUUCAACGUGAAAUUCAAGAAAAGAGAGCUGAACUCAUGAGUAAAGAAGAGGCUUUACGUAAUUUGGAGGCUAGAUUAGCACAGGCUCAAUUAGCUGAUUAAACAAAACAAAAAAACUUUUAAAACUUAUACAACCACCUCUUCAUAAUUAUUUUUUUAAAAAUAUAUAAUCACCUCUCUCUUUUCUUUUAAUAACCGGAUAUCGAAAAUGUUUGUUGUACAAAAUCUAAUUGUCACACCACGCCAUCAACUAUUUCAUUGAUAAAAAUAUUCCUCGCAUUUAAUAGCAUUCUAAUUUUAUUAACAACCGGUUGAUAAGAUCACGCGUAUGUCUCUUUUAUUUUUAUUAUUCAAACAAUUUUAAUGUAGUGAAUGUCCAUUUUGAUCUCUUGUUUUUCCACUUGCGUCUCACCAGGUGGACUAGACGAUUCAAUAAUAUCUUCAACUUCUUUGGCUGUAAGCGCACCGUUUUUAAUAAUCGUUUGGCCUUUUUUUUUACAGUUAUGAUUAAAAAAAAAAAAAAAAGCACAUAGUUCAUAUUUUUAAUUUCACACACACACAUGCACUUACGAUGGUAG